AUGAAAGGGGUACUGAGGUUCAGGAAGAAAGGGAAGCUCAGUCCAAGGUAUAUUGGGCCAUUUGAGAUUCUGGACAGGAUUGGAACACGAGCUUAUAGGGUUGCCCUACCACCAAAUCUGUCCGGGGUACACAAUGUGUUCCAUGUAUCUAUGCUCAGACGGUACAUAUCUAACCCCUCUCAUGUGAUCGGACAUGAGUCCAUGCAGUGGACCUCAGAUCAAACCUAUGAAGAACGCCCGAAACAGAUUCUUGAGCGUCAAGUACGGAAAUUGAGGAACAAGGAGAUCAAGAUGGUGAAGAUUUUAUGGGGAAACCAGCAGAUGGAGGAGGCCACUUGGGAAACGGAACGAGAUAUGCGCGACCGCUAUCCGGAUUUAUUUGGUAUAAAGAGUCCUAAUCUUCGCAUCACCCGGUACCCCACAGUUCAACCACCGUCUCCUCACGCGCCGUCAACCCUCGGCGGAGCUACUUCUUCGGCUGUGGAAGCUGAGGGCGACGCUGGAUUUGGAAGUCGAUCGCCACCGUGA